AUGAUGGCAGCUUUUACUCCAAGUAAGAGGAAACAACAUACUCUGAAUGCAGAUAAUGGUGAUAGUCUAUUAACAGAUAUUUCAUCAAACAAAGUAAGCUUUUCUGAAUUUUCUGAAAAUCUGUUUCCAUCACCUAAUAAAAAACAAACUUGUCAAAGCAGUGACCAAAAGGAAGAAAAGUCAUGCUCCUACCAAGACCAUUUCACUUCAAGUCUUCUCAAAACGACGGAAAGUCAUAGGCUGUCAUUUGCAAACUACAGUUCACUAUUUAAAGCUGCUGUGUCUACUGUAUCUUUCUACAAUAAAAAUAAGCAAUACCUCAAUCCACUUGAGAGGAAGUUGAUAAGAGAGUGUAGAUCCAUUUGUCCAGCAACUAAAAAUGAAGAUAAAUCUUUUUCCAGUGUGACAGAAAAAAUGCAGAGAAAACCCAUCUGUACCAAGAAGAACAAAAAACCACAGAAGAGUUUAACUGCUAAAUAUCAACCAAAUUAUAAGCACAUCAAGUCUCUAUCAAGAAACCCUAAAAACUCCAAGCCAAAUCAAAUGAUCUAUAAGCCAGUUGUGGAUAAAGAGAAUAGUUGUUAUCCAGCAGAAAACCGUCCAAAUACUCCGCCUCGGGUUCUAAGCCAGAAAAUAAAACCACAAGUUACACUCCAGGGUGGAGCAGCAUUUUUUGUUAGAAAAAGAAACUCUAUUAAAAAAUCAUCCCUGGAAGAUAAGCCAUUACCAAUACACUUACAGAAAAAUGGACCAGAGGUGACUGAAGAUGUUGUCCCCGAGGCAAAGCAAGGGCCAAAGUCCUUGUUAGUGAAAGAAAAAUUGAAUAUUGACCUACUGGAUGCAAGAAGUAAAAAUGAGAAACUAAGAAAGAAUUCCUCAGGUGCCGUAGUUUCUUCAGAAGAAUGUAAACUUGAUGAACAUAAUUUUCCUUCAGAGACUUCACUUGGUGAGAACAAGACAAUUUCUCCUGAGUCUGUCGUCUUUCCCAUCUUCAGUGUUUCUUCAGUGAGUACAAAAAGGUCUCCACUUGAAGAGCAAUCUUCCCUGGGAUCCACUGCAUGUACUAACUUCUUGCAGCAGACAAUUGUGCAGAAAAAUCUGAAUUCCGGAGAUACAAAUAAAGGAGGAAAAAACCAGCUCAUCAUUGAUGCAGGUCAGAAACAUUUUGGGAUGACUAUGUGUAAGUCUUGUGGUAUGAUCUACACUGCUUCCAACCCUGAAGAUGAAAUGCAGCACCUCCAGCAUCACCACAGGUUUCUGGAGGGAAUUAAAUAUGUGGGCUGGAAAAGAGAACGGGUAGUAGCAGAGUUUUGGGAUGGGAAGAUUGUGCUGGUCCUGCCACAGGAUCCAAGUUAUGCCAUCAAAAAGGUAGAAGAUGUCCAAGAACUUGUGGAUCUGGAAUUGGGCUUCCAUCAGGUUGUUCCCAUGUGUCCAAACAAAACCAAAACUUUCCUCUUUAUUGAUGAAAAGAGAGUAGUGGGAUGUUUAAUAGCGGAACCCAUCAAACAGGCCUUUCGUGUCCUGUCAGAACCAAGUACCACUAAAGAAUGUUCUAGAGCUUGGAGGUGUUCAAAUGUACCAGAGCCUGCAGUCUGUGGGAUAAGUAGAAUCUGGGUCUACAGAUUGAAAAGAAGAAAACGCAUUGCAAGACGACUGGUAGACACUGUCAGGAAUUGCUUCAUGUUUGGCUGUUUUCUGAGCACUAAUGAAAUUGCAUUUUCUGACCCAACACCAGAUGGCAAAUUAUUUGCAACCAAGUACUGCAACACCCCUAAUUUCCUUGUAUAUAAUUUUCAUAGCUAAAGCCAUUUGCAACCACAAAACUGGUACUGUAUGGAGAAG